GGAAAAAGUUAGCGAUCUCGCGUGUGCGUUAAUAAAUAGUGGUUACUAAAUUAGCAAGAUCAUAUUUUAGUAGUGAGUAUGUGCAUUGUUUUUUAUGCCCUAAGGCAACAUACGGAUUGAUGAAGCACUAACACAUGCAUGUCUAAUCUGUCUCAGAUCAGCAGGCAGCGUAUGAUGGACCGGCGAGCAGUCGAUAUGUGCACUAUAUAUGUAUUGUAUGUGCCUGUGUUGUAUAGAAAACAGAAACUGGUCGCUUUCGUUGAAAUUUUGACGUUUUAUUCUUUAAACGUAGUCCGUCAUCAGUAGUUCCUACACCCUCGCCAACGUUGCAGCUUGCAACAUUUUUGGGACUUAAGCCUACAAUUUGCACUCACCGUCCACCGCAGUUCGUUCUUGCCAGUCGCGAUCGCUCAAUCGUGCGCGCUUAAAGUUAAACACCGCAAACGUAAACACUUCAACUGCGACACCAAACCAUCAAGUGGCUUGCUAGACACCGAAAUGUGGCUACUCAUACCGAUCCUCUUCUACUCGGUCAUUUUCCUCUACAUACGUCACAUUUACACAUACUGGAAACGUAAGGGCUUCCCAACCGAACGUACCGGUUUGAAUUGGCAAUUUCUGAAACAAGUUUAUCGGCGCGAGUUCCACUAUGUGAGCGCCAUCAACGAAGCAUACAAGGCAGGCGGCGAGCGUCUCUUAUAUGGCGUAUACUUCUUCUUUCGACCAACUUUGCUGGUGCGCGAUGUCGCCUUGGCGCGCACUGUCCUCGAGAUACCGCAUGGACAUUUCGAUGACAAGCGCUGGCACUACAUGCAAGGCUAUCGCAAGAUUAAUUUACUCGAAAAACUGGCAGCGAUUUUCAGUGUGCCGCGGGUGGAGGGCAUGUUUCGGAAUGUCGAAAAGGUGGCCGAUCAUAUGGUCAAGCAAAUGGAUGCGAUAAAGUUGGGCAAUGAGCAACUGGAUAUGCAGAUAGUUAUGAGAACCUACGUCAUCAAUGUAUUCGCUAACUUGCUGUAUGGUCUAGACACAAACUUAUUCGAGCCGAACGAUAGUGUCUUCAAGCGGUACAUACAAAGCACGUUAAGAAAUCGCGGCAUCAACUCAUACACGUUCAAUCAUUUGCCGAAAAAGUCGUCUCUCACCUACCGGCUGCGUGACAUUAUCAAGGAUAGCGUAGGACGCCGUGAAGAUGGUGGCAUUAUACGCAAGGACAUCAUGCAGUUAUUGGUGAAAUUCCGAAACGGCAAUAAUUUAACAAAUAACGGUAAAUUGAGUUGGCAUGUGGAGAAUGUGUUUGAGCGCGAGAAACUAUUGUCUAUUAAGAAGUUGUCGAAAAUUGCCGAACGCUUUCUCAAUAUCGGCUACGAGUCCACCGCCUCAGCGGCUACGCUAACGCUUUAUGAGAUUUUGCAAGCGCCGAGCAUCUACAAGAAGAUAAUUGAGGAAAUACGUCAACUGAGUGUAGCAACAAAGAAUGCAAAUAAUGCAGAUAAUAAAUUGACCUAUGGGGAUAUUGAUAGCCUCCAAUAUUUGGGCGCCUGCAUUAAAGAAACCGUACGCAAGUACCCGAGUGUGCCGUACAUCGAGCGGGUCUGUUGCAAGAACUUUCCAAUACCGAACAGUCGAGCAACAAUCAAUGAGGGCCGCACCGUAAUGAUACCCGUGAUGGCAAUGCAGCGCGAUGAGCGGCACUUCAAAGACCCUGAUUAUUAUAGACCCGAGCGCUUUUACAAUGUUGAGAGCGGACCAGAGCUAGAUAAUUUUAUGGGUUUCGGUUUGGGGGCGAGCGCUUGUGUGGCUCGCAAUUUCGCCACUUUGGUUACAAAAUUAGCAAUUGUAAAGCUGCUGCUGAACUUCGAUAUGGAAUACUCCCCGAAUAAAGACAUACAAAUUGUUCACAAUCCGGCGCCAGUCAUCAAAUGCAAAGAUGGCUUUAAAAUCAGACUGAAGAAGUACAAGAACAACACACUUUUGUAAAUAUUCCAGCAACAAUUCAAGCGCCUUCAGAACCUUUAAGAAUAUCGUGCAUUUAUUUCAGUGUAAUUAUAAGAUGUGUUUAUGUUUGCGAGUUUACGAAUAAAUGUAAAUAAUCAAGUAUA